GGGCACAGACUAAUAAGAGUCCUGAGUAAGUUUUCUGGUUCGCAAGUUUGACACAGCACGUGCUUCCAGCUUCAUCAGGCACCUCUGAUCACCUACUUGGCGACAACAACUGUUCCUACAGUGCAGAAUCAUGGCAGAUACGGCGGCAUCAUCAGCGGCCAAAAACAAAAGGACGAAAUCCCACAAGGCGGCGGCGUCGCAUCCCAAAUACUCGGAGAUGAUCAAUGCCGCGGUGGUGGCGGAUAAAAGCCGAGGCGGUGCCUCGCGCCAGUCCAUCCAGAAGUACAUCAAAAGCCACUACCGCGUGAGCGACAACGCAGACGCGCAGAUCAAGCUCGCGCUCAAGAGGCUCGUGUCUACCGGGCUGCUACGUCACACCAAAGGCACCGGAGCGUCCGGAUCGUUCAAGCUCGCCAAAGCCGAGGAGCCGAAAAGCAAAAAGAAACCCGCAUCUACAGCAGCGGCAAAGAAGAAGCCCAAAGCGGCCGCCGUGAAACCCAAGAAAGCCACACCAAAGAAGGCUCCCAAACCCAAAAAGGUGUCCGUCAAGUCUCCAGCCAAGGCGAAGAAAAACAAACCCGCUGCGACUGAGAAGAAGGUGAAAAAGACCGCCGAGAAAAAGAAGAAAUCUCCAGCCAAGGUCAAGAAAAGUCCAAUCAAGAAGGCAAAGCCGGUCAAGCCGAAGAAAGCGAAAACAACAAAGAAGCCCAAACCCAAAACUGCAGCUAAGAAAGCAGCCAAGAAAAAGUAGAGACUUAAUUCCACUUAAGACUGAUCCAUCCAAAUAUAGCUCGCUGUAUAUACACUUUUUUCUUUCGAUUUUUUUGGUCUACAAUAAUUAGUUUUUUUCUUGUAUAGACCUAGUGCUGACUUCAUUCUAAAAGUUAUGCACAAGCUGCACUAUAUGUAAUUGGUCUGACUGUAAAAAGCUACAAAAUGUUAGUGUAAUAACCUAAAAAAAAACCAUUAAUGGUCGUGUGAGGAACUUUUUAAUUAAUGAUUUCCUAAGUUUGAUGUGGUUGCGGAAACCCCUUCGCAUAAAACAGUUGACAUAAUGUAAACAAAACAUUUAAAAACUGUUCUUGAUUACACCAACAUUUGGAUUGGAACAUACUAUUGCAAUAGUCUUGUAAUAUGACACUAUUGAUGUUUUGAAUAUUAAGUUUGUAUAGGCUGUGAUAUGGACCUCAUCAUGACCGUUCCUUUUACAGUUCUUACUGCAUCUAAAUUCAGCUAAAAUAAAGAUGUUUAUAUUACUUUAAUUAAGCUACACUGCGAAACUAUUUAUUUUUUAUUAGUUUCAUGACAAUGACAGUUGAUGUCUGAGGCAGUUGUUUUUUUUAUUUUGUUACAUUCAUAAUAGUAUUAUUUGAGAACAUUAUUUUGAAUAUUAAAUAGAAUAAUAAAAGUUGUCUCAUUUCUAAUUCCUCAUUCAAAUUCAGGUCCUGUCCUACUCAAAUUUAAAUGACCGUAAUGUAAUUAAGCUAUGUGACUAAGAAUUUUGGUUGGUGAUCAUUUGUGAUGGGAGCACUGUUUUGCUAAAUAUGAAUUUAAACUGAACAAUGUCCCACCUGAACAAUAAAAAUUUUUUUAUGAAGAUGAUAAAUCUGACACAAUGAUAAAUGUACUUUUACUGUAAGAAGCAAUCAUGAUCAUAUUGUAGUAAACUAUGUUAGAAAAUGUGUAAUACUUUGCUUGCCAUCUUUAUACUGUAAAAUAAACUUGUCUCUGUUAAA